CGACUCGCUUACCCCACGCGUAGCUGUCUCUCGUUCUGCUUCGCUUCUUCCUUCGCUCACCCUGAACUCUAUUCCUCGCGGCACUCCGUUUCUUUCUUGACGUUACACCGGAGACAAUCCGUUCGAUUCACAACGCUACGCCUUGACAGAUUCAUCAACAUGGCCAGUGAUCAAGUUCCCGAAUCCAACGUCGACGUGCUCAUCAUCGGCGCCGGCCCUUCGGGGUUGAUGGCCGCCGCAUGGAUGGCCCACUGCGGUGUUAACGCCCGCAUUGUCGACAAGAGAAACUCCAAGAUCCUCUGUGGGCAGGCCGAUGGUCUUCAGUGCCGCAGUCUGGAGAUUUUUGACUCGCUUGGCUUCGCGGACCGGGCAUGGAAGGAGGCUAACCACAUGAUUGAGAUUUGUAUGUGGAACCCCGGCAACGACGGCAUCAUCCGCCGCAGUGACAGGAUCCCAGACACUAUUGUGGGCCUCUCCCGUUUCCAGCAGAUCGUCCUGCAACAGGGCCGGAUCGAACGCUUCUUUCUCGAGAACAUUAAGAAGCACUCAAAGGACCAGAUCAGAGUCGAGCGCGGCGUCCUGCCCGAAUCUCUCGAGAUUGACGUGUCCAAAGUCGACGACGACUCGGCCUACCCGGUGACUGUGAAGCUGCGCCAGCUCUCGGAAGAAGAGGCUGCUCCUCCCCAAGCAGCGAACGCGAGUAGGGUUCCCGACGGCCUCUUCCGGAGCAACCUCGUGCAGGAUGAUGAUGAGGAGGACUUGAUCAAGAAGAGCCGGGCGAGAGCCGGAGAAAGCGAGAUCGUCCACGCCAAAUAUGUCAUUGGCUGUGAUGGUGCUCGCAGCUGGACCAGAAGGGCUCUUGGCUUGGAGCUCCAAGGAGAGGCUACCGAUUUCAUCUGGGGUGUCAUGGACAUCAUUCCCAUCACCGACUUCCCCGAUAUCCGUAUGCGAUGCGCCAUCCACUCUGCCGAGAACGGCAGCUUGAUGGUCAUCCCGAGAGAGAACAAGCUUGUCCGCCUCUAUAUCCAACUGAAGGAGGUCACCCCCGAUGCGUCAGGACGAGCGGACCGCUCCAAGAUUACCCCCGAAAUCAUCUUUGGCGCCGCCCAGAAGAUUCUGAACCCCUACAAGAUCGAUUACGAGUAUUGCGACUGGUGGACUGCGUACCAGAUCGGCCAAAGAGUCGGCACCACUUAUGAUGCCCACAGUCGCGUCUUUCUCGCCGGGGAUGCUGUCCACACCCACUCCCCCAAGGCCGGCCAAGGUAUGAACGUCUCCAUGCAAGACACCUACAAUCUCGGUUGGAAAGUCGCACUGGCCGUCAAGGGCAUCGCUAAGCGCGACAUCUUGAGCACUUACCAGAGCGAGCGCCGCCGCGUCGCCCAGGACCUCAUUGAGUUCGACCACCGUUUCAGCCGUCUCUUCUCUGGCCGUCCGGCCAAGGACGUCAUGGAUGCCGAGGGCGUCAGCAUGGAGGCUUUCAAAGACGCAUUCCUUAAGGGCAACUUGUUCGCCUCUGGCUUGUCCGUCGAUUACGGCGCCAGCAACCUCGUCGUCAAGGCCGGCGACGCCUUGAAGCAGGGCGAUGGUAGCAAGGCUCUCAAGGGCGUUGCUACCAUUUCCGAGGAGGAGUUCCGGAGGAAACAGGCUCUCGCUUCUGGGCUGCCCGUGGGUAUGCGUUUCAAUAGCUUCAAGGUCCUCAACCAGGCGUGUGCGCGCCCCUGGCACUUUCAAGAGAGGCUCAAGGCGGACGGCCGCUUCCGCGUCGUUCUCUUCGCCGGGAAUGUCCUGGAUGCCUCACAGAAGGCCCGCGUCGAAAGAUUUUGCGCCGCGCUUGACGCGCCGGACAGCUUUCUGCACAGGGCCACUCCCCACAAGGCCCCUAUUGACAGCGUCAUCGAGGUUCUCACGGUACACUCCGCGAAGCGAACCGACACGGAGCUGCUGAGGGACUUCCCAGACAUCUUGCGCCCCUUCGACCCGCACACUGGUUGGGACUACAACAAGGUCUUCGUGGACGACGAGAGCUACCACGAGGGCCACGGCGAGGCUUACAAGAACUAUGGUAUCGACAGGCAGAGGGGUUGCGCUGUCGUGGUGCGGCCUGAUCAGUACGUCGCCUGGAUCGGCGAGCUCGAGGACUUUGAUGGACUGCAAAAGUAUUUUGAAGGUUGUCUUGUCCUGGGUCAUCGUGUCACUAAUGGAAUCAAUGGCACAAACGGGGUGAACGGGUAUGCAAAUGGCGUCGUCGGGACGGCGUUGCCUAUUCGACGGUGA